UCCGCUCCGCUCGUUGGUGGCGAGGUUGCCGAGCCGGUAGCCCGGGAGGACUUGGCCGCGGACCCGCCGCGCGAAAGCCGUGUGGAGGUUAUGGAUGAUAAGCCCGGUCCUGGACCACUGAGUGAGACUUCAGAAUUUCUCUUCUCUUUUGGAGUUAUAGCAGAUAUUCAGUAUGCUGACUUAGAAGAUGGCUAUAAUUUCCAAGGAAACAGACGGCGAUACUACAGACACAGUCUGCUGCACUUACAAGGUGCUAUCGAGCACUGGAAUACAGAAGGCAGCCCGCCCCGCUGUGUACUUCAGCUUGGAGACAUCAUUGACGGAUAUAACGCGCAGUAUAAAGCCUCUGAAAAGUCGCUGGAACUUGUUAUGAACACAUUCCAGAUGCUUAAAGUUCCCGUUCAUCAUACAUGGGGGAACCACGAGUUCUAUAACUUCAGCAGAAACUACUUAACAAAUUCUAAACUUAACACAAAGUUUCUGGAAGACCAGAUUGUGCACCAUCCCGAGACCGUGCCUUCAGAGAACUACUAUGCUUAUCAUUUUGUACCGUUCCCUCAAUUCCGGUUCAUUUUACUGGAUGCUUACGACUUGAGCGUCUUGGGCGUGGAUCAGUCCUCUGCAAAAUACCAGCAGUGUCUGAAGAUACUGAAGGGUCACAAUCCAAACUCGGAAUUGAAUAGCCCUCAAGGACUGUCUGAGCCCCAGUUUGUCCAGUUCAAUGGAGGAUUCAGCCAAGAGCAGCUGAACUGGUUGAACGAAGUCCUCACCUUCUCGGACACAAACCAGGAAAAGGUGGUGAUUGUGAGUAAGUAUUUCAGUUCCUCGAUUGCACCAGCGUCGUGGAGGACGGGAGAGUUAGGUCGAAAGUGCACUGGUAGUAUUUCGGUUGUGAUGUCCUCUUGCUGUGAAAUGAAUGCUUCCAUUCCCCCCCCCCCCCCGCCCCCCCCCCCCCCCCCCGAGAACCUGAGUAUAAGAUUGACGUUUACAGCCGAGCCAGGAAAGAACUGUAAAAUAACAAAAACAUGUUGCCACCUGUUAGUGCCUGGGAGUCGGCCUUUUAGGUUUCAAAGUAGAAUUUCAGCACGGGGGAUCAGUUUACGUAGCACAGUUGACUCUUGAACGACGCAGGGGAUGGGGUGUCGCCCCCUGCACAGUCGAAAAUCCACGUGUAACUUGUGACUCCCUAGAAGCUUAAACUACACGUGGCCUCCUGUUGGCUGGGAGCCUUACGGGUAACGUAAACCAUUGGCUGACACAUAUUUUGUCUGUUACGUGCAUCCUGCACUGUAUUCUUAUAAUAAGUGAGCUAGCGGAAAGAAAAUGUCAUUAAGGGAGUCAUAAGGAAGAGAAGGCACGUUCACAGUCCUGUAAAAAUCUGUGUAUAAGUGGACCCGUACAGUUCAAACCUUUGUUGGCAGUCAACUGUAACAUCUGAGUGUGAAAUUGGGUCCAGGACCCCCCUCCCCCCCCAGACCUCAGCCGGUCAGGCACUGUGGCCGCUGGAUGGAGGCAUCGGCUGUCGAGUGUUGGGGUGUCAGGUGUGACAGACACACCUGGCGGUCAGUACUUCACAUCUGGAGCUGCGUCUGCCGCGUCACUGCAAGGAGAUAAGAUUUACGAGGCUUCUGCUUAGAGUCAUCUUCUACAGAACUGCUGUCGUCGUAGGUUGUAGGAACCUGAGGUGCAGGUGUGCGCACACACACAGAACUGAAUUUGGACUUGGCGUAUGGCUGGUGUCCUUGGUCUGGGGUCUGAGUUUCGAUCCUCGCUGUAGAAUUGAUGCGGCGCAGUGGCUGAGAAGACCGUGCUCGGGGUCCCAGGGACAGGACGCCAUUCCGUGCACGGGUGUUUGCGUGAGCUGUGUGACUGGGUAAACGUGGAACCUUCAGACCGAUUCUCUGAGUGUUGCAUCACAUGGAAUCAUGGCCACGAAAACCCCUCGAAAACGACGGGCUAGUCUGACAGCUGGCGAUAGAAACGCGUAUGUCUCUAAGUGUGGUUUUUACUUGGUGAUCCUGCACCGUGGGAAAACACGUAGACGGAGCAGGGCUGUUGGGGCUACCGUUAGAUCAAGUGUCCUUCCAGGCUGGGAGGACACAAGGUGCCCCGGGGUCAUUGGUGCGACGCGACACUCCCUGACUCCUCCGUAGCUGGUCUCAUUGUUGACUUGUCUCUGUUCAGCUUCCUGCUGCCAGGCCGGCCCUGUCACUUCCGAGGACACUGGCGCGGAAAGGGACCUACGGGUCGUGCCGGCAAACCUGCCAGUGUCAAAGAUCAGGAAACAGAGAAAUGAAGCAACGUGGUUCUUUCGGUAGCGUGUGGUUUUGGCAGGGACUAGAGCCCACCCCAGCCUCCUUCCCCCCUUGUCUUUUUACUUCAGGGCACCUGUCUCCGUUAGCGUCUCUUAGGUUUCUGCCUGUUGCCGUAAGCUGAGAAACCGGAUGAACGAACCUUUAACAACUGAGUGCUCAGGUUCUCUAUGGCAAAGUUUAAAAUGGCUGAUAGCCCUUGGCUUUCGUUUUUCUGUGCUCCUUCGCUUUGAUUUUGGGUACCCACAGGCCAUUUGGCCUGCGUCUUGGAAGACUGACACGGCUGGUGGCCGACAUCUGGUGGGGACACCGCAGCAGGACGGGGUUCUGGGUGGAGGAUUCAGCAGUUGGGGUUUGGAAGCGUGAAGUUUCAGAGGCCGCUAGACUCACUGGAGAUGCUGAGGAAGCAGUUUGGCUGUUUGAGUCUGACAUUCGCGGUGGGGAGUCCGGGCGGGAUGUAACCACGAGGGACUUGGAAGGUGCCCGUGACGGUCGGAACUGUGGAUUCCUGGAUCGCCAAGGCAUCAGGCGCGAGUGGAGAAGGGACCCAGGGACCGAGUGUUCAGGCGCUCCCAGGAAGAAGCGGGGAGUGAGAAUUCGUGGAAACGUCCGUGGAGCAGGGAGGAAGAAGAGGAGGACUGGUGAGGUUCUGGCAGCCUGGGGCCUCCGGGAUGGGGAGACGGUCCCUGGGUCACGUGUUUCCAGGUCUCUCGAUCUGGAAAGUCACCCGGCCUCUCUGGACCCUGAGCCCUUAGCACGGCCUCAGGAGUGGGCGUGUGUCGUGCGUGGGCACACUCGUAAAUUCUUUGGACGCCUUUGGCUCUGUCUUUAGGGAGCUAUUAAUCCUCCAUAGUACAAACUAAAUAGAAACAAAACAGAACAAAAAUUCAGAAUAAAUGUCAGAAUAAAAAUAACAGUUUAAGGAACAGAAAAGGAAAGUGACGUAAGGGGAAGAAGCAAAGCCAAGUGAGCUGUUGUGCCCACGCUGCAGACCAACAGACGGGGUGGCCUCACGUGUGUUCAGGAAUUCGAGACUCUCCUGGCUCUCCCUCCAUGCACCUCCUGUGGGACCUAGGAUAAAUAGUCCCUGCUUUACCUCACUUUUCGUCUCCGUUAAAUGGCUCCGACUGCCUUGAUCUCGUGGAGGUGUUUACAGUGGCGUGCAUCCAUUUUAACGCACUGAGUGUCUGUGUAAGUGACCUAUGACCCGUUGACCCAUCCCUGAACUGUUGUUACAUUUAGGAGUACCUCUUUCUGCGUCUCUGCCGCUCGUGUCUGAGGAAAUCGGCGAGACGGAUUCCCACACAGCAUCCGCCUGACUUCUGCGGACGCCCUCAGGGUUUCUCCAUGUCUGUGCGUCUUCAGACGCUCUGGGCGUAGGGAGCCAGGGGUUCUGGCCUCUCCCCGUGUAUGCGGACUGCCUCCCUGUGUCUACGCUGCACAGAUGUGGCUGUAGAUUAGCCAGUUCUUCGCGUAUGUGGAUUUUCUCUGGCCUUAGUCCAUCUGGAAGAAGUAGCAACGUGCUUUUUUUUUUUUUUUUUUUUCCCUUCCCCGUGAGUACUAGCUUUUAGCCAUUUCUUUUGAUGAAAGAGACAUUUCCUACUCGGCUCAUAACUCUUCUUCUCUUUAACUAACAGGCCAUCUUCCCAUUUACCCAGAGGCCUCUGACAGUGUGUGCCUGGCCUGGAAUUACAGAGACGCGCUGGCCGUCAUUUGGUCCCACAGGUGUGUC